UUUUUAUUUUUCCGCCAUUACAGAGGAAAAGAAACAGUAGAGCAGUAGUAGUCUAGUAGUAGAAGAAGGGAAACUUCUCGUGAUUUGCAUAUCUAACUUUUCCUUUCCUUUCCCCCUCUCCCUCUCUUUCUCUCUCUCUUCAUUCACUCAAUGCACAAUUUUCUCUUCUGUCCUUUCUCUUUCCCUCCUUUCUCCUAACCCUAAUUAUACCCCUUCUCUUUCCCUAGCUGCCCAAAAUUUUCUUCCUUUCUCUCGUUUUCUUUUUUAUUUGGUAUCUUCAAAGCCAACUCUUUUUGAGGUUCUACGUAUUUCCCAGUUUCAUAGGAUUUUGAAUGCUUUGUUUUGAAAUUAUAAACUGGGGUUUGACUGGCCAUUCGAAUUUGAGAACCAGUAUGUUCCUAAAUUAUCUGGAGGGAUAUGUGGGGUUGUCGUAUUGCUCAGUUUUACUCUAUCUUCGAAAUACUUCUUCAGAAAUGGGUUAGAGUAACUUUGCAAAGCCAUAUCUGUCUUGUGUAGUCUUUGAGUUGAAUCGCAGAAAAGAUGGAUUUUGUACCUAGUACUUCUGAAAUUGUUGAAUCCACUGAUGAAUUAGAUGCUGAAUUGAAAAUGAGUGAGCAUGCUAAGAACCACUGUAUGCCAAAAUCAGGAAAUAAGUAUUCUAUAGAGGAUGAUAUUAAUCGUCUUUUUGAAGCAAUCGACAUUAGGACAUCUUCUAGGGUUUCUGGUUUCUCAAGCGAAAUUGGUAGAGAUGCUUUGCGAAAGAGUGCCAUGAAAAGACCAGUUAGAGUGGGUUCUUCUCAAGCUUCAGGGAUUGGGAUUUCUGAACCUGUGAGUUUGAAGCAAGCACUUAGAAGGUUGUGCAUCUCUCAGGCAUCAGAGAUGGCUGCUAUGAAGAAGCGGCAAUCAAAGCCAGCGGGUUCUUCAGGGGUGUCAGAAGCAGGAACUAUCAAAAGAUUGUACAGGGCAGUAGUAGUUGAAGCAAAUGGAUCUGGUAUUCCACUAAAUGAAGGUAAAGGGAAUGUAGUGGAAAUCUCCCUUGUUCCUGAAAAUAUUACGUCCAAUUCUUCUGACAAGAUGCCUGAAUCUUUGCCUGUGCCAAACAAGGAGGUUUUCAACCAAAAUUCCAAUCUUUUAGAUAAUGCAACAACAGAAAAGGCAAUAAUCACCAGAUUACCGUCCCCAGAUCAGAUUGUUCCUUUGGUCACUGAGUCUGAAAGUGAAGUAUCAAAGGCAGAACUCAAGAAACUAAAUUCUAUAGAUUCUUCCUCUGUUAAUCAUGCUGCCGAGGAAGUGGAAAUUGGUUCUUCCUCAAUCCAGGUUUGCGUUGAAACUCCUGUGCCUGGUAAGGAGCCAAAGGGCAAGUUGCAUGCUGAAUCUUCUCUGUCUGUUUCUAGUGCUGCUGGCAGGGUGAAAUCUGUUUGCGAAACUCCUCGUCUAAUCAAGCCAGUGUUUAGGAACAAGAGCUUUAUGAGAAAGAAAGCAAAGCACGAAUCAACUCCUGCUGUCAGCAGUUCCAAUUCCUGUAAUGGUUGUGUCAGCAAUGAUCUUGGUCCUAGUACUAGUUAUACAGAUAGCCAAGCACAGAAACAUGCUUCAGACAAUGGAAGGAAAGAAAAUAUGAAAGUUUCUCCUGUUUCCAGCAGUACAAAUCGCAGCAUUGAAGUUAACUCAAGCAUUGUGGGUACAAGUUCCAAAUCAACUUUGAGUUCAAACUGUAAUAACAAAUCCAAAGCCAUGUUGACCAAAGCUGAUGACAGAUCAAGAUCAAGGGAAAAGGGUGAGUUUUCCCAGAGCUCGAAAAGUAGCAUUGGGGAAUAUAGUAGUAGCACAACCACUAGUGAAGAAAGCAAUGUUAGUGGAUCUAGUCGGACUGGUAGCAGACCUCACAUGUCAAAAGAUUUGAGGUGGGAAGCUAUUCGCACUGUUCAGAAGCAGCAUGGAAGCUUGUUGAGUUUGAGGCACUUCAAGCUCCUCAAGAAGCUUGGUUGUGGGGACAUUGGGACUGUUUAUCUUGCUGAGCUAACUGGUACGAACUGCUUAUUUGCUUUGAAGGUGAUGGACAAUGAUUUUUUGUUGAGCCGCAAGAAGAUGCCUAGGGCACAAACAGAAAAGGAGAUAAUGCAAAUGCUGGAUCAUCCUUUUCUUCCUACGCUAUAUGCCUAUUUUGCAACAGAAAAACUUUCUUGCUUGGUUAUGGAGUAUUGUCCAGGUGGAGAUUUGCAUGUGUUGCGACAGAAGCAACCUGGCAGGAGUUUCUCAGAACAAGCAGCAAGGUUUUAUGUUGCUGAAGUCCUUCUUGCAUUGGAGUACCUACACAUGCUUGGUGUUGUAUAUCGAGAUCUAAAACCAGAAAAUAUCUUGGUUAGAGAAGAUGGUCACAUCAUGCUUACAGAUUUUGACUUGUCACUCAGAUGUGCCGUUAAUCCAGUGCUUCUUAAAUCGGCUUCACCUGUUGCUGAGCCUGUAGAGAAGAUGUCAAGUCCUUGCUCUGAAUCUAGCUGUAUUGAGCCUUUCUGCCUCAAUCCAUCCUUUCAAGUCCCAUGCUUCACUCCCAGGCUUUUAUCGCUUGCUUCCAAGUCAAGGAAGAUAAAGUCUGACCUAGCUACUCAGAUUAGCCCCAUGCCACAGCUUGUAGUGGAGCCAACUAGUGCCCGGUCAAACUCAUUUGUUGGAACGCAUGAAUACCUUGCUCCAGAAAUCAUCAAGGGUGAGGGUCAUGGGAAUGCUGUUGAUUGGUGGACUUUUGGAAUCUUUCUGUUUGAGCUUUUGUAUGGUAAAACGCCCUUCAAGGGCUCAGGAAAUGAUGAAACACUAUCCAAUGUGGUGUCACAUAGCCUCAGGUUUCCUAGUAGCCCUAUAGUUAGUUUUCAUGCAAGAGAUCUGAUCAGAGGGCUUUUAGUUAAGGAACCUGAGAAUCGAUUAGGAUCAGUGAAAGGAGCUGCAGAGAUCAAACAACAUCCUUUUUUUGAAGGCUUAAAUUGGGCUCUGAUACGUUGUGCAACACCACCUGAGAUGCCAAGGUUUUUUGAAACUGGUAUCUGUGUGCCAACUGCAGCUUUGCAGAAAAAAGACAGCUCCAGGGGCGAAGAAUUGCAAGGCACAGAAGACCAUAUGGAGUUUGAUAUGUUUUAGCUAUAGCUUAUCUGAUGUGGGCAAAGGAAGAUGUUUUGGUUCUCUUUUCAACAGUGAGGUUUCUGAUCCUGUUGUAACUGAUAUAUAAUAUAUAUAGCAUAUAUAGUGUAAAUGUAAUUCAGAAAAUUGGCGGCAAGUUAUUAUGAUAUAAAUAUACGGGUAGAGCUAGUUGAGUCUUGAGAAAGUGCAGCGGUAUCUGGAUUCUUGAUUUUCAUAGCAUUCAAGCUUGAGCACCACUAUAUUGAAA